AUGGAAGUCAUCCAAGAGGAGACACAACAACCUUUGGAAAAAAGGAAAAAAACAACAGAUGACCCCAAAGAGAAAGGGGCAGCAUCCAAAAAAUUGGAGCCCAAGAAGGCUGAAAAGGAGGCAGCAAGUGGAGCCUCAGCCAGCUCUUCCUCAGGAGAGCAUGCAAAGCCCUUGGAAAAAGAGGCAGUAAAAGAAAAGCCUGAAAAGCCAUUGGAAAAGGAUGCAGCAAAAGAAGAGCCUGGAAAACCCUUGGAAAAAGGGAAAGCAACAGAAGAGCUUGCAAAGCCUUUGGAAAAAAGGCAAGCAGAAAAUGAACCCCAAAAAAAAGAAGAAAGCAAGCCUGUGGAAACAGAGCUAGCAGCACAUGAGCCUGCAAAACCCUUGGAAAAAGGGCAAGCAAAAAAUGAACCUGGACAAGAAGCAGGCAAGCCCUUGGAAACUGCCAAGCAAGAGCCUGCACCAGAGCCAACAGAAGAAGAAUGGCAAGUGGCCACAAACAAAAGAAAGAAAAAAGAAAAGCAGGCAGAGAAAAAAACCUACCUGGAUGUGGUGGUGAAAGGUGGGUUGCAGGAUCACAAGACCCCAAAGCAAAAGCAAAGAACAAGCAGGGGGUAUGUGAGCCUGGGGUCAGAAUCUGCCAGCUCCUCUAGGGCCAGCAGCCAAAAGGGGACACCUGCACAGCCUGCCAGGAUGUCUCUGCUGGAGCCUUUGCAAAAAAGGCAGGGGGUCACUGAGCCUUUGGAAAAAAGGCAAGAGAUCCCUAGGCCUUUGGAAAUAAGGCAAAGGUUGGCCCUGGAUUGGCACAAUGUCUUCCAGCUGACCCACAAGGGGGAAGACUAUGUGCCAAAUGCCCACAUCAGAGCGUUCUGGGACCUGCAGGCAGAAGGGUUUGAGAUUUAUCUCUUGACCUUUUGUGGCAGAGAAAGGGGUGACACAGUGGUCAAAUGGGCCAAGUCUCUCCCCAUCAAGUGGGGCUACAUCAAGGUAGUUGGGGACAGGUGUGGCCCCUGGGGGAAAGCAGAGUGGGCCAAGCAUUUGGGGUGCACACACCUGGUAGAUGACAAUGCAGACAUCUGCAAGGAAUCCUUGGAAAAAGGAUUGAAGGUCUACCCAGUGACCACCAGGCAUGAGCACCACACAUGGGCCAAGAAGGAAGGCCUGGAGACCUACAGGGACUUUGUCAAAGUGGUGGAAGCCCUUGAAGAGACAGUGGAAGGAGCAAAGGCACUCCUGCAGAAGCUCAUGGCCAAGGAUGAAAAAACAAAACUGUGGUCCAAACACCAGACCUACUUGAGAGGCAACCAGGAUGAAAAGAGCACAUAUGAUGAAGCAAGCAAAAAGGAAAAAACCGACAUGACAAUGAUGUGGCUCUUGAAAAAAGAGCAUCCAAAGUACUACCAGGUGUCCAAGGAGAUGGAAGGAUCCACCAAGGCAAAGAGGAGUGAGCAGUGGGUCAGUGAGAUGGUGAUGCUCACAAAAUGGUCUUGGGAGGAAUUACAGAUGCAUCUAGCAUCUGGGAGGAUUGUAGGAAGGGAGUGUGCCUCUACCUGGGGGGUCUAUGAGUAUUGUGACAUGCAGGAUUGGGUCACAGUCCAGGCUGCACAAUCAAAAAAACGAGCCAGAAUUGCACAAGAGUAUGUUCCAAACUCUGAUGAUGAGAUGCUCCUGGACUCAUGCAUGCAAGGCAACAUGAAAGCUAAUGCCAGCAGGCUCUUGGCUCAGAGUUCUGGCAGCAAAGGGCUUGGAAAAAGCUCAAGCAAAGGGAAAGGGAAAGGCAAAGGAAAGGGAAAAGGAAAAGGAGAUAGUCAGCUGGCCUUGCAGGAUAGGGAAGAAAAGCAUACAGAAGAUGAAGAAGAGGAUGAAGACAAAACAGAAGAAGAGCAGCUGAAGGAUGCUUACAAGAAAGCAAAGAAGGCCAGGGACAUGGCAACAGCAGUCUGUGCAGACUUUGAGGAUUGCUUGGCAAAAGCAAACCCCUACUUGAGCAAGGCAUCAAAGCAAAAUGGCUUGAAGGACCAGCAGCUCUUGGCUGCCAUGGGCAACAAACUGAAGGAAGCUGUCAGCAAAGAAAAUGUACCCCUGAAAAAGUUAAAGUCUAUGCUUCAAGAAACUGCCAACAAAGUCAAGGAGGUAAAGGACACAAUGAAAGAGUUGAAGCAAUUGGCCAACAAGGCUGGCAGCAUUGCUUCCAAGGUCUCAGUCAAGGAUGCUUGUUGGCAGCCAGCUGUUGCUCAAGAGAGCCUUGCAGAAAGGCCAGAUGCAGAGGCAGAACAUCCAAGCCCCUUUGCCACCAAGCUGCUGAGCCACUGGGCCCAUGGUACUUUGAGUGCCAAAGCCAUACAAGAAUUGGCACAUUUGGCACAGCUUGGUGGAACCAGCCAUGCAGAAGUGGCAGCCCUUGCAAAAAGUGGCAAUUAUGGUGAAAACCCAGGGAACAUUCACAAGGCAAUCAUGCAAACCUUUUUGCCUAAUGUUUCCAUCCCAGCUGGGUUUGAUGUGGAGGUGGCCACCACAAAGGACACCUGGCCAGCUUUGUGGAAAUGGUUCAGCUGGAGUUUCCAUGCCUUGCAAAAAGGCUUCCACCCCUCCAGGGAUCCAGAUGGAAAACCCUUGGAAAAAGGGUCGCCUUUCUAUCCACACAAAGGAAAGGCUUUGGCAUCUUCUUUCACAGCAGCCAUCUGGACCAUCAUUGGUGAUCAGGAAUUCUUCUCCUUGCAGCUGGGCUUGCCUCACUGGGCAUCAAAGAAUCCAUGCCACCAAUGCAACUGCACCAGCAAGAGUGGAGACCUUCCAUAUUCUUGGUUGGAUCCAGAUGUGUUCACCUAUGUGAACACAAAGGUGGCCAAGGCCAACCCCAGCUCCACCCAUCCAAUCUUCAGCAUUGAUGGGGUCACCAGCAGGAUGGUGAGGGGGGAUGGCUUACAUAUCCUUUUCACAAAGGGAUUGUAUGCCCAUCUGUUGGGAAGCUGCCUGCACUACAUGUGCUGGUUUGACCCAAUCACUGGACACCAAGUGGUCAAACCACAGGAGCGCCUUGCUGUCAUCUUUACUGAAGUGCAGAAAUUCUACAAAGUGCAAGGGGCUGGAACAGUGCUCACCAACCUCAAGCUCAGCAUGUUUACCAAUGAAAAGUCCCCACACCAGUCCCAUGCAUUCCUAGAUGCAAAAGGGGGCGAAUGCAAAUGGUUGGCACCAGCCCUGCUGGAGGUGAUGAAAAAAAUGCUUGGUCCAGAAAGGGACCACCAUGCCCAUAUGAUACAAUGUGUCGAGAUCAUGGUGCAGCUGGUCUUCUUGUGGGAUUCAGCAGACAUCUUCCUCACUGAAGCAGAAGAAGAAUUCACAAUGAGUUUGUGCAACUCCUUCCUGCAGGAAUACACCUACUUGAACCAUUGGGCAGAAACAUCUGGCAGAAAGCUUUUCCACAUUGUCUUCAAGCACCACACCUUCAUCCAUCUUUGCCUUGGAGCUGCAGAAAUGAAUCCUAGAUUCCAUUGGUGCUUUAAGUCAGAAGACUUUGUGGGGGCUAUAGCCAGGCUUGCACACUCUUGCACCUCUGGAGUGGCAAGCACCAGGCUCAGCACCAAAGUUCUCCCCAAGUAUGCAAUUCUACUCCAUUUGUUGCUUACAAGAGAAGGCUUCAGCAUGGAAGGUUAG